UUAAAAGCUCGGGGGACUCUGACUGAGCCCGAAGUGCGAUACUAUGUUCACCAGCUGAUUUCGGGGUUGACAUACAUCCACCGGCAAGGUUACGUCCACAGGGACAUCAAGUUGGAAAACUUAUUUGUCAGUGACCAAAUGAAGCUGAAAAUUGGGGAUUUUGGACUGGCGGUCAAGCUGGAGCCGAGGGACAAAGAAGUCUGUGGUACUCCCGUCUAUAUGGCUCCAGAAGUAUGGAAGCGAGAAGGAUAUGGAACCGAAGCAGAAGUCUGGGCACUGGGCUGUGUCAUGUACCAGCUUCUGAUUGGGGAAAUCCCAUUUGAUCACGACGAUCGCUCUGAAAUGUUGAAGAACAUAAAAGAAGCAAAAUUUAUUCUACCUAAGAACCUUCAUUCUGAGGCUGGAAAACUAAUAGAAAAAAUAUUUCAAAUCGACCCACGAGAUCGCCCGUCAAUAUCACAUAUCCGUCGCCACAAGUUCUUCAGAAAGGGCUUCACUCCAAAGACACUGCCAGCUAGUAGCUGCAAUACACCACCACAGCAUAAAGCAGUCAACCCAUUCAGAAAGAUUUUCAACCGUUUCAUGCGCCUGAUACGAAAAAAGCGAUCCAGAGUUGAGCCUUUACGGGAGGAUGCCGAGCAGAGUGGACUUGAGAUCCCCCAGCCUGUGGAGUCACUCCGUGUUCUAGAGGAUGUCAACAGACCAAUGAAUGAAAAAAUUGACCUGGUCCAGUUGGUCAAAGUGGUUGAGGGACCUGUAGGCAGGCUGUACUCAGCAAGUGCAGUGACGCCCCACACCUCAGUGCCUCCCCCAGCUCCCUGUACACUCCUGUUUCAAUAAAGUUCUUUUGUGUUUCAAGCA